UUGAUGCCCCCAGGACAGCCCCGCUCUGGAGUCAAGCCAACAUCCAAUGUGUACUCCUCCCUCCUCAGCAGCCGCUGCCAGGCUGGGGAGCACUCGGCCUGCUUCACGGAGCUCAGAAAGAACUUUGUGAACACUCGCCCAGCCAAGCUUAAGAACUUAAUCCUGCUGGUCAAACACUGGUACCGCCAGGUGCAGACACGGGCUGUGCGCGCCACACUACCCCCCAGCUACACCCUGGAGCUGCUCACCAUCUUUGCCUGGGAGCAAGGCUGUAGGAAUGACGCCUUCAGUCUGGCCCAAGGGCUCCGGACUGUCCUGGCCUUGAUCCAACACAACAAGCACCUCUGCAUUUUCUGGACGGAAAACUACAGCUUUGAGGACCCUGAAGUUGGGGAGUUCUUGGGAAGGCAGCUUAAGAGACCCAGGCCCGUGAUCCUGGAUCCAGCCGACCCGACGUGGGACGUGGGCAAUGGGACAGCCUGGAGCUGGGAUGUGCUGGCCAAGGAGGCUGAAUCCAGCUUUAGCCAGCAGUGCUUCAAGCAGGCCUCAGGAGUCUUUGUGCAACCUUGGGAGGGGCCAGGCCUUCCACAUGCUGGGAUCUUGGAUUUGGGCCACCCAAUCCAUCAAAGGCCUAACCAGGCCCUGGCAGACAACAAAGGCCACCUUGCUGUUCGACCAAAGAAAGGGAGCCUAAAGCCUUCAAAUUCAGCUCCAGGACUCCCAGAAGCAGCCACCAAGAUCCCUGCUAUGCCAAACCCAAGAGUCAACAAAACUCGAAAGAGCCUCAAGAAAGCAACACACCCAAUGACUGUCAGUGAGACAGUCUCAAGUCACGUUCUGAUCACCCAGGGCAUGACAUCCUCAAACACGCCUCCUGGCUGCUCUAGCAUCUCCAGGGCUGGGUCAGGGACAGGUCCAGAUCUGUCACAGAUCCCUAGCAAGGAUCUAGACUCCUUCAUCCAGGACCACCUUAGGCCGAGUCCCCAGUUCCAGCAGCAGGUGAGGCAGGCCAUCGACGCCAUCUUGUGCUGCCUCCGGGAGAAGUGUGUAUACAAAGUCUUGAGGGUCAGCAAGGGUGGGUCUUUCGGCCGUGGCACGGAUCUCAGGGGCAGCUGUGAUGUGGAGCUUGUCAUCUUUUAUAAAGCUCUUGGGGACUUCAAGGGCCAGAAGUCCCACCUGGCAGAGAUCCUGUGUGACAUGCAGGCCCAGCUGCAGCGCUGGUGUCAGAACCCGGUGCCUGGACUGAGUAUCCAAUUUAUUGAACAGAAGCCCAAUGCUCUGCAACUCCAGCUGGUGUCCACCGACCUCAGCAGUCCGGUAGACCUCAGUGUGCUACCAGCUUUUGAUGCUGUGGGGCCACUGAAGUUCGGCACCAAACCUCAGCCCCAGGUGUACUCCUCCCUCCUCAGCAGCAGCUACCAGGCCGGGGAGCGCGCAGCCUGCUUCGCAGAGCUCCGAAGGAACUUCAUAAACACUCGCCCUCCCAAACUUAAGAGCCUGAUGCUACUGGUCAAACACUGGUACUACCAGGUUGUCACACGAUAUAAAGGAGGAAAGGCAGCAGGCCAUGUUCUGCCCACAGCCUACGCCCUGGAGCUCCUGACCAUCUUUGCCUGGGAACAAGGCUGUGGAGAACAAAAGUUCAGCCUGGCUGAAGGCCUGCGCACUGUCCUAAGGCUGAUCCAGCAGCACCAGUCACUCUGUAUCUACUGGACGGUCAACUACAGUGUGGAGGACCCAGCCAUUAAAGCACACCUUCUCGGCCAGCUUCGGAAAGCUAGGCCUCUAGUCCUGGACCCUGCAGAUCCCACCUGGAACAUGGGCCAGGGCAACUGGAAGCUGCUAGCUCAGGAGGCAGCUGCCCUUGGAUCACAAGUCUGCCUUCAGAGUGGGGAUGGGACUCUGGUGCCACCCUGGGAUGUGAUGCCAGCCCUCCUUCACCAGACUCCGGCUGAGGACCUGGACAAGUUCAUCAGUGAAUUUCUCCAGCCCAACCGCCAUUUCCUGACUCAGGUGAAGAGAGCAGUGGACACCAUAUGUUCCUUCCUGAAAGAAAACUGCUUCCGGAAUUCUACCAUCAAGGUGGUCAAAGUGGUCAAGGGUGGAUCUUCUGCCAAAGGCACUGCUCUACAAGGGCGCUCGGAUGCUGACCUGGUGGUGUUCCUCAGCUGCUUCCACCGGUUCUCUGAGCAAGGCAGCCAUCGGGCAGAGAUCAUCUCAGAGAUCCAGGCUCAGCUGGAGGCCUGUCAGCAGACGCAUAGCUUCGAUGUCAAGUUUGAGAUCUCCAAGAGGAAGAACCCCCGAGUGCUCAGCUUCACGCUGACAUCGCAGACGCUGUUGGACCAGAGCGUGGACUUUGAUGUGCUGCCAGCCUUUGAUGCUCUUGGCCAGCUGAGGUCUGGCUUUCCACCUGAUCCCCAAGUGUACACCGACCUCAUCCACAGCUACGGUAAUGCGGGAGAGUUCUCUACCUGCUUCACCGAGCUGCAGAGGGACUUCAUUAUCUCCCGUCCCACCAAACUCAAGAGCCUGAUCCGGCUGGUAAAACACUGGUACCAAGAGUGUAACAAGACGGUCAAGGGGAAGGGUUCCUUGCCCCCCCAGCAUGGGCUGGAGCUCCUGACUGUGUACGCCUGGGAGCAAGGCAGCCAGAACCCCCAGUUCAACAUGGCAGAGGGCUUCCGUACUGUUCUGGAGCUGAUUGGCCAGUACCAUCAGCUGUGCGUCUAUUGGACCAUCAACUACAGUGCAGAAGACAGGACCAUCGGUGACUUCCUGAAGAUGCAGCUUCAGAAGCCCAGGCCUGUCAUCCUGGACCCAGCUGACCCGACAGGCAACCUGGGCCACAAUGCCCGCUGGGAUCUGCUUGCCAGAGAGGCUGCAGCAUACACAUCUGCCCUGUGCUGCGUGGACAGGGAUGGCAAUCCCAUCAAGCCAUGGCCAGUAAAGGCCUCUGUGUGAAGUCCAGAAAGAUCAGUGGUCACACCACCUGAUAAAAAGUGACAACAGCCCUCAACAAGAGAUACUCAGAGUAUCUGGAUAGAAGUGUGUGUGUGUGUGUGUGUGUUGUAUUUGUCUAUAUGUGUAUAUCUGUGGUGUGUCUGUGUGUCUGUAUGUGUGUCUGUGUAUUUGUGGGUGUCUAUAUGUGUCUGUAUAUGUGUGUGUGUAUGUAUGUAUGUACAUGUGUCUCUGUGUGUGUGUCUGUUUGUGUAUAAUGUGUCUAUAGGUGAAUCUGGGUGACUAC